CACGAAAAUGGCGGCAGAACAAGCCACGGCGACCUCCACCACGCCUGCACACCCCGGUAGUGACGGUACUGGGGACUGGGUCCGUCUGAACGUGGGCGGGACGGUGUUCGAGACCACCCGGACCACCCUGACCCGGCUCAACAGCCAGUUUCUGGACAGACUGGUGGCCGAGGACUCGGGCUUUCCCCCACCUGCUGACGGAGUCUACAGGAUAGACAGGGACCCGGAGGUGUUCAGGGUUCUCCUCAACUUCGCCAGGAAUGGUCGCCUUCUCCUGUCACCACAAGUGACGUCAGAGAUGGUCCUAGCGGAUGCAGACUUCUACGUGCUCCGGCAGGGGGCGCUGCAAGCGUUAGAGGGACUGGACAAGGAGGAGGCGAAGUCAAGCUCGGCUCCAGGCCAAGGCAAACGAAACAACGUGCCUGCAACAAUUUCGAUUCAAUGCCAGGGGGCGGGGCACCACAAUGGUCUGUCUUCAGUUCGUUUGUCUGGCCGUGAGAAAACAAUGUGUGUUAUUGACGCGUGCAAAACAAAAGUGUCUGAAGACGACAUAGACAGGUUUAGACAGACGUGUAUCUCUUGCCGUCGCACCGUUACGGUAAAAAGAACCGGCAGGUUUGGCAAUGAUCCCGGUGAAAUUGUGGCUGUAGAGUGGUGCCACAGGUGCCUGCGUUGUCUCGAUUGUCAGGAAAUCGUCUGUCUUCCGUAAGAAAAAAUAUGAGGCCACAGCAAGUAAUCUUUAUGGAUGUGAUGUUUCCAUCGAAUCAAAACCAUUUGUACAAUGAUUGAAACUUGAAUUUUGAAGUUGUUUCAGUACGAAAUGGAUGUUAGCACAAUGUAAGUAUUAUUUCCCAGCUGUUAAACAAGUUUUAUGAUGUCAGAAUUUGAAAAUGUAGGAAUCUUGUUUUUUUGGCCAGCCUUGUUUGGUUUUCGCCCUAUCGCAUUAGAUUUUGAGUGUGCGGAGAAUCUCGUCCAUAAAAUUUCGAUGCUGUGGCCUAGCUAAGUGGCAUGUGGCACUAAAAAGGGAUACCGGCUUUAGAAAUUAAAUGGUCUCUUAGUUAUAAUGAGUUUACGCUUUACGAACAUUUCAAAGAAUACGUAUCAUACAUAUGGAUCAUACUUGGAUUAAUGAAAUAUACCCGGCCAUGCAUAUACAUGCGAUAUGACAUGCAUGUACGGUGUGUGAGCUUCGUGGGUCUUUAGGACCGUUUGAACAAGCUACAGCCUUAUUUGUGAUCAUAUUACUUGGAACGAUUCAUCUUGCACCCCUCACCUCUUUAUGAUUGUAUAA